CGUGUAGCUAGCCGCAGUUGAACAGCAAGCCGCGCUCCCCUCGAGCUCCAUGAAGAGCCUCGCCGGCCCAAAUGUCUUCCCGCAACCUCCCCAGCACCAAGCCUGAGCGGCGGGCGGCCAAUGCCAACUACGCAUCCACCUCGCGGCCCCGCGUCGCACCCACGACCAUGGGCGAGGACCACGAACGACGCGGGCCUGCCUCGACUUCGCACAGCAGGAAACAGCCCGUCGCCAUGGCCGCCUCCACCAUGCUCAGCGAGCGCCGCACCGAGAAGCGCGACGUGCGCGAGCGAGAGACGGAGACGCGGCGCACGAGGAGCCCGCUGAAACAUUCGACCGAGAGCCGCGCCAAUGCUCGCAGCCGCGGUGAGAGACAGGUGCGCGACGUCGAGAGACCGUCACGCACUACGUCGUCGAGGAAGGCGUCACCCGAGCCCGCUCCCGCUCCAUGGGAGCCCCAAGCCUCGCUCAUCGCCCACACAACGGCUCCGUUGGCGACCCGCGUCUCCAGACCGCCGCUGGCUUCGACGGCGCCUGCCACGCUCCAGCCCACGCCGCUCGCCCAGCUGUCGCUAGACGCACAGGAAAAGGCCAUACUCGAGGACCUGUUGUUUGUGUUUAUGGGCUUUGAGGGGCAGUACAUCCGCUUCAGCGAUGUGUACAAUCCCCACGAAGAGAAGGAGCGCCUGCUGGGCCCGCAGUUUCGCAUACUCCACGGCGUGGACCAGAGCCUGCGAGACCUCUCCAAGUCCAUGUUGAAGAUGGCGACGCACUACAUCGCCGUCGACGCCUGUGUCGAAGUGCUCAGCAGGGAGGAGUACGGCGCAGUCAACCACGCCCUGUGCGCAGCCAUACGGCGCCUGCUGAAAGACUACCUCACACUGAUCGCCCAGCUGGAGCACCAGCUGCUGACUAACCCCUCCUUCACCCUCCACGUGCUGAGCCUGCACACCAAAGAAACGAGCCACAUGCUGUACCAGCUCUACACAACUGGCAUCGAACUGCUGAAAGCGAAUGGCAUCCUGGAAGACGACAAGGAAGAGGACGAUUCUGGGGAUGACACCAACGACUUCGAGAACAUUCUGGAGUCACUGCGCGAAGGCGGCAACACGAGCAAGAAGCUCUGCAAAGGUGGCAGCGUGCUCGGACUCAUCACCAAGCGGCUGUCGUCCAUGUCCGGAGACCCUGCAGCCCGCACACUACUAACAACACUGCUUCGCGAGGCCAGCAGACCGUACAUGGCCAUGUUAAACGAGUGGCUACAUCACGGAGGGAUCAAGGACCCGCAUUCCGAGUUCUUGAUAAAGGAACAGAAGAGUAUCAAGAGGGAGAGGUUAGACCAAGACUACACCGACGAGUACUGGGAAAAGCGGUAUACUGCUCGGGAUGCCCUCGUUCCCCCGCAGCUCGAAGCCGUCAAGGACAAAGUGCUCCUAGCUGGAAAAUACCUCAAUGUUGUCCGCGAGUGUGGAGGUGUUGAUGUCAGCAAAACAGUCCAAGAUGCGCCAUCGAGUUUCGACGACCCGCGGUUCCUGGACAACGUCAACUCCUCAUACGCAUACGCAAACUCAUCGCUUCUCAAUCUCCUCCUCACAACCCACCAACUGCCUGCACGGUUACGCUCACUCAAACAUUACUUCUUCCUCGAUCGAUCCGACUUUUUCUCCUACUUUCUCGAAAUGGGCGAGCUCGAGCUUAAGAAGCCCGCCAAGCACGUCAAUGUUGGCAAACUUCAAUCCCUGCUUGAUCUCGCCACACGACAUGCUGGAUCCGUGGCUGUGGAAGACCCAUACAAGGAAGACAUCAAAGUGCAGAUUAACGAUACUGGACUCACAAACUGGUUGAUGAAGAUUGUCAAUGUCACGGGUUUGGACCAGGAUGCCAGCGCAACACUAUCAAACUAUACCCCUGCAAGUACAGCACCGAUCACCGACGACACCAACAUUACAGGCUACCAGGCCCUGGUGUUUGACUACGCCAUGCCGUUCCCGCUAUCGUUGGUAGUCAGCAGAGUCACCCUUACACGAUACCAACUACUCUUCCGCUACCUACUCAGCUUGAAGCACCUCGAGACAGACCUUGCAAAGUGUUGGGGCGAGCAGGGCAAGAACGCAGCUUGGAAGCAUCGGUCUAGAAACCCGCGCAUCGAGUUGUGGAAACGGAGGGCGUGGACACUUCGUGCGCGCAUGCUCGUUUUCGUACAACAACUCACCUACUACUGCACCGCCGAAGUCAUCGAGCCAAACUGGACAUCGCUCAUGUCACGCCUGAACGAGGAGAGCAAGGAAGAAGCAAAGGGCAAGGGAAAAGCGACCGGAGACGGCAGCAGCGGUGCUCCCCCAGUGGAGAGAACCGUAGACGAACUAAUGCAGGACCAUGUUGAUUUCCUCGCCACUUGCUUGAAAGAGUGCAUGCUCACCAACAGCAAACUACUACGCAUUAACAACAAAAUAAUGUCCACAUGCAGCAUGUUCGCCUCCUUCACCUACUCCCUCUCCCGCUACCUCAUAACAGGAGACCCGGACCUCGUCGCCCAAGUUAACACCUCGCUGGGGGCCUCUUCCGCCGCCCUCCCCGCCUCCCGCCACACCACUCAGCUCGUAUACGACCCCCAGCGCGUCGACAAAAUGUACGACAUGUUGGCUAAAUACGAGGAGAACUUCACCCGACAUCUUAAGAUUCUGCUCGAUACUUUGAACUACCUCGCUGCUACGGAGACGGUUGUUUUCUUGAGCUUGUGUGCGAGGCUGACGAGUGCGGGGGAGGGGUUGAGUGGGUUUCAGGCGCCGAUGGGGAUGGAGGGGAUUAUGUAG